CUUUUUUCCACAUUUGCCUGGGCAGCCGCGCUUGGAACCUCGUCCGCCGUCGGACACGCACGAGGCCAUGCAGCGCUUCCCAGAGGUGGCAGAGCUGCAGCAGGUCAAAGACCUGUGCUGCAGCAGCGGGCUGAAGCAGAUCCCGGUGCAGGAAGGCCUGGCCUUCCUGGCGAAUCGACCUUCGUUGUCCAAGAGCCAGUUUCUGGCGAGCUAUGCUGAGCUCUUGCAGUCGAAGGGCAUCCAGGUGCCUUUGGAGGUGCAGGAGGAUGUCUUCGACCUUUUCGACCAUGACAGGAAUGGAGUGGUGGAUAUGAUGGAGCUCAUCCCCGGCAUUUCGCUCUUCUGCGGGGGAACGGAUGAGGAGAAAGUUCAGGCUGUGUUCCGCGCCUACGGCAACUGCGAUGGGGCCAUCUCCAUCGCAGAGAUGUCCGCGUUCAUGAGCUCCGUGUUCCGAGUGGGGCUCACCCCGAAGCUGCUUGCUGCCAUCAACUCCCAGGGCCUCCAAGUGGAGUCACCUGAGGAGCUCGCGUACUUCACGGCCUUGGAGUGCUUCCAAGAGGCGGACCUGACCAAGGACGGGCACCUGACUUUGGACCAGUUCAAGGCGUGGUUCUUCUCCCCGCAGAACGACCCCGCGCUCUUCCUGCCGCGCUUCACCGAGACCGCUGUGUGAUGGCGAUGAAUGGGCUAUGGCGAUCCCCGCGAAUGGUUGAGCCCCA